AUGAGGUGGACAAGCCUUCUUCCGGCCCUUCUAUUUUCGGGGUCUGUUGAUGCCCUGGGCAGGAGCCUCGGUCAUGCUGGCAAACGUUUUGUUGAGCAUGCUGCCAAGAGGAUCAAGCCGGUUAUGCCCCCGGGGCCCCCUCCCGUGCUUGAGGCUCGCCAAGAGAAGACGUUCAAGUUCUUGAAUGAGAAGACACAAAAGUUUGCCGUCAAUGGCACAGAGAUCCCGGACGUUGACUUCGAUGUCGGCGAGUCCUAUGCCGGCCUGUUGCCCAUCAGUGACAAGGAGGGCGAGGAGAGCCAGCUCUUUUUCUGGUUCUUUCCAUCUGAGAACCCAGCGGCUGAGAAGGAGAUUCUAAUCUGGCUCAAUGGCGGCCCCGGUUGCUCGUCGUUCGAAGGUCUGCUUCAGGAGAACGGACCGUUCCUCUGGCAAUAUGGCACCUACAAGCCCGUCAAGAACCCAUGGAGCUGGCACACCUUGACCAACAUCAUCUACGUCGAGCAGCCUGUUGGCACGGGCUUCACGACUGGCACUCCUACCAUCACUAAUGAGGAGGAGCUUGCUGCCCAGUUCAUGGGCUUCUGGAAGAACUUCAUCGACACUUUCGGCAUGCACGACUACAAGGUCUACAUCUCCGGCGAGUCUUACGCUGGCAUGUACUGCCCGUACAUCGCCAACGCCUUCCUCGAGGCCAACAACAAGACCUACUACGAUAUGUCUGGCAUGAUCAUCUACAACCCCCUUCUCACCCACGAGGAGAUCCACGAGCCAAUUCCCGUGGUCCAGUUCGUAGAUUACUGGUCCGGCCUCUUCCCCUUCAACGACACCUUCCGCGCCGACAUUAAGGCCCGCGAGAAAAAGUGCGGUUACGCCGACUGGAUGGCUAAGUACCUGGUCUAUCCUCCUAAGGGCCACAUCCCGAUGCCCCUGCCCGGCACCGAUAAGAAGGGUAGGACCCGUGACGAAUGCUGGAACCUCUACUGGGACAUCUUCGACGCUAUCAUGCUCAUCAAUCCCUGCUUCGACAUCUACCAAGUAGCCACGACCUGCCCCCUGCUGUGGGACGUCCUCGGCUUCCCGGGCUCCCUGCCCUACCUGCCCGAAGGCGCAAGUAUCUACUUCGACCGUGAGGACGUCAAGCGCGCGAUCCACGCUCCCGUGGACAAGACCUGGGAGGAGUGCUCGUCCAUCGACGUCUUUGUCAAUGGCAAGGACCAUUCACUGCCGCCUACGUUGAACGGCGUCCUCUCUAAUGUCAUUGACAAAACCAAGAAUGUCAUUGUCUCCCACAGCGCGCUUGAUAUGAUCCUCAUCGCCAACGGCACCCUCAUUGCCCUGCAGAACAUGACCUGGGGCGGCAAGCUCGGCUUCCAGCACCGCCCGGACCAGCCGUUCUACGUCCCCUACAACGACAUGACCGAUCUGUCGACGCUCGCCGGAGCCGGCGUCUUCGGCAGUAUGGUGUCGGAGCGUGGUCUGACAUACGUCAGUGUUGAUCUAGCCGGUCACAUGGUGCCGCAGUAUGCUCCAUCGGCGGCGUACCGCCAGGUUGAGUUCAUGCUGGGCCGCGUGCCGUGCAUGAACUGCACGCUGCCGUUUACUACUGAUCCGGAGACGCCCCAGAGCACCCAGCCGCUGGGCAAGGGCACUGCGCCGCAGGGUUGGAGCAAUGCUGGUCCUCGGAGGGUGAAGGGGCAGGGGCAUAAGUCGUGGAGGAGGAAUGCGAUGAGGCCUUAA